AUGACUCCUAAUGCUAAGACAGAAGAAAUACGGCAGCAUGGAGUCAAAGGCGUAUACUAUGCUGGAAACUGGUUAGAUAUUGAAGACUGCGAUGGUGUCUUUCAAAAUGUGGAGAAAUCCUGCUCCGGAUGCGACUUUCAGGACGCUUGUCCACGCUCUCGAUCGCGUAAAGUUGCCGCAAAAGAUGAUGAUACGUAUGAUGUCGUAAUUAUCGGUGCAGGCUGCAUCGGGGCAGCGAUUGCGAGAGAGUUGUCACGUUACAAAAUUAGUGUGCUUUGGGUCGAAGCCGGCGACGAUGUCUCGCAAGGAGCGACAAAAGGAAACUCGGGAAUUGUUCACGCCGGAUAUGACGACAAACCUGGUAGUAAUCGGGCCAAGUACUGUUGGAAGGGAAACCAGAUGUUUGCUGCGUUGGACAAAGAGCUACGAUUUGGCUAUCAAACUAACGGAUCACUUGUUUUGGCUUUUAAGGAAGCCGACAAGAAGGUGCUGAAUAAUCUUCUCAAGCGUGGAAAGACCAACGGCGUCCAAAACUUGAGGAUCGUCGAACGGGCCGAGCUACUUCGGAUGGAGCCACACGUGCAUCCAGACGCCAUUGCGGCCUUGUAUUCACCCGAUGCAGGAAAUGUUAUUCCGUAUGAGGUACUUAGCAGAUUCCAGUUUUAUGCUUCUGAAAACGCAGUCGACAACGGCGUUGAGCUUCGUAUUCGUCGGCAAGUAAUGGACAUUCAAAAUAAAGAUAAAGGUCAUAUGAUGGUGACUUUGAAAUACUGGGAACCAGAAGACUACGUCAGAGCCAUCGCACAAGCUGGUAAAGCUACAGUCUUCAACUUUGCCAUGUAUGCCGUAGGUGCUACCACUGUGGCUCAUUUUUUUGUCACCAAAGGCAGUGCACACAAGCAAAAUGAAAAGUAUCAUUUAGCGGUUCUGUGCUUCUUGUGGAUUCUAAGCAAGCUGGUGCCUUUCAUCUUUCCCAACGCUGCAACAUCCAAGGUUGAUCGCAGUAUUCCCCUGUGUCAUUUAGUGGACCAGGCUAGUCCUCCUGUUGGUACAGGAGGCGGCCAUCCUGUUUCAGUGCCGGACAUGCUGGUGGGAGGAUCUGGAGGUCCUCGUCCUAUGCAAGGCAAGAUUGUAUCGACGGAAAAAAUUAAAACAAAGUUUGUCGUCAACUGUGCAGGCGGCGCCGCCGACGAGAUUGCUCGCUUGGUGGGUGACGAUUCAUUCAAUAUCAAGCCUCGUCUUGGAGACUAUAUUUUACUCAAUCGGAAUCAGGGCUACCUGGCUAAGCAUACUCUGUUUCCGUGCCCAGAUCCUAAGCUUGGAAAAGGUGUCUUAGUCCAGACAACGCUAUGGGGAAACUUGAUUCUUGGUCCGACGGCUCGUGAUGUAGGCAACGAGGAAGCUAGGAAGAUGUCUUCAGCGGCAGUGCAGGAGUACAUCCUUGCUAAAUGCAAACAGCUCGUUCCUGGUUUUGACCCUCGCGAAACAUUUCAUGCGUUUUGCGGAGCACGUGCGAAAUCGGAUCGUGGCGACUGGAUAAUUGAGCAUUCCAAGAACGAUGCCCGCAUGAUUCACGUUGCUGGAAUCGAUUCGCCUGGAUUGGCUGGCUCUCCAGCAAUUGCUCUCGACGUGAUUGAAAUGCUGCGUAAGGCGGGCCUCACGACAGAAACAAAUCAGAGCUUCAAUCCUAAUAGAGCGCCGAUCGUCAUCCCCAAAGUUGGGAUGAAAGGGCUGAAAAUGGGACCCGUCGGCAAGUUCGACAGCGAUGGUAGCAAUAUGGAGCAAAUGGCUGCGAAUGUAGUUUGCAAGUGCGAAAAGGUUACAGAGCUAGAAAUCGUUCGAGCGAUUCGUCGUUCCCUGCCAAUUGAUUCGUCGCAAGGAAUUAGGAAGAGGACUCGGGCUGGUAUGGGUCAUUGUCAGGGCGACCCUGAAAACUACAACUGCGAAGCUCGUGUACGAGCUAUCAUCGCGCGAGAAAACGGUGUGCCCAUUGAACAUGUGGGAGGCCGUCCAUGGCCCGCCACGUCAACGCUCUCCCAACGCUGGAUCAAUGAAAAGGAAAAACAACAUCUCGUGGACUGCAUGAAUGUAGAGUAA